UUCCUGCGUGUUAUUUCUCUCUCUCUCUCUCUCUCUCUCUCUCUCUCUCUCUUUCUCUCCAGUUAGAUUAACGUCAUCAUGGAAUUAAAAAGACCUUCAUUCCGCUGCAGUAAAGCUGGCUGUAGCGUUUAGAUAAAAGAGACGUGUUUCUGAUGUGCGGCAGCGGUUGAGAUCUUUGUAAGGAUGGAGGACGGAGAGCAGCUCGCGCGCCGCGGAGACGCCACUAUCGGUCGCGCGAGUCAGGAGCAGACGGAGCUGCGCCCGGAACCGGUGGCGCGUGACGAAACGGCAGAAGCGGGAGUGCGAGACACGGCCACGGUGGAGCGGAGACAUCCACGCAGCUGCCACGACGCUGUCAGACAGAGAGGCACUGAGGUCAGCAACUUGGCAAACCUCAGCACCCACGAUACAACACUGGAUAAAGUGCUGCUGCGUGAGGAGGUGCUGGCUCUGCAGGAGGAGGUGGCUGAGCUGAAGCGGAUGAAGGAGAUGCUGAAUAAGGAGCUGGAGGAGUGUGGGGGUGGUUGUUCUGCUGAGCUGCUCUCUGCCGCUGAACUUCGAGUGCAGCUCUCCCACCGAGAGCGAGACCUGGACCGUGCCAGCGAGGCUCUGCAGGCGAUGAAGGCGGACCGGAAGCGGUUGAAGAUGGAGAAAGCCGAGCUGGUGAAUCAGAUGCAGCAGCUGUAUGCAACGCUGGAGAGCCGGGAAGAACAGCUCCGAGACUUCAUCCGCAAUUACGAGCAGCACCGCAAAGAGAGUGAGGAUGCAGUGAAAGUGUUGGCUAAAGAGAAGGACCUGCUGGAGAGGGAGAAGUGGGAUCUGCGGCGUCAAACUAAAGAAGCCACCGAACUCGCGGUUGCACUAAGAUCCGCACAGGAGCUGAAAGAGAACAGAAUCAAAGAGCUGGAGGCAGAACUUUCUAUGAUGAGUAACUAUGUGGCCCAGAAACUCGAGUGUCAGCUGUUUGUUCGAGCUCCCGAAAAGCCAGUCUCCCCCAGAAACAUGUCGGCUAAGCAGUCUUUGGCAACGCUCACUAAGGACGUUCCUAAGCGCCACUCUCUGGCCAUGCCCACAGAGGCUGUCGUCAAUGGCAACCAGGAGUGGGUGAUGCAUGCGGAGAUGCCUCUUACUGCAGCCAUCCGUCAGAGUCAACACAGCCUUUACCACACUCUCGACAGACAUGUGUUAAAGGCCAUACCACAGUGUGUGUGUGAUGUUGAAGGAGUGUGUAUGGCGCACGCCUCCGGCAGCCUCCGCCUCAGUCCCUGUCACUCACGGCAAACGUCAAUGAUGUCAGACGCCUCUGCAAUGGAGGGCGAGCGAUCAUCCACGCCGUCUGAGCUCAACUCCCCACGACACAGAACACACUCUCUCUGCAACUCCUUAGAAGAUCUAGAGGACCAGAAAAGGAGAAAGAAGAAGGAGAAGAUGGGUCUGAGCUCUCUGUCACGUGUGUUUGCCCGAGGAAAACAGAGGAAGUCUCUCGACCCUGGCCUUUUCGACGGUACCAACACACCUGAGUACUACAUAGAGGAGGACGCUGACUGGUGAUCCAGCCACACAGCCUCUCUGACCUCUGUGUGUCUGUGUGUGUUUGUGUGUGCAAGUGAGAUAGUGUCAUUAUGACCGUAUGAGGUGUGUGUGUCUGUGUGUGUCCUCGCAUUGCUGCUGACUACAAAAGCACAAGUUUAGAAGCACAAACUCGGAUCAGUCCUGCAGCACGCCUGCUCAACAUCUCCUAACCUUUUCAUCCUUCAUCUACACUGAAUCUUGCUGUACUUUCUCUGGAAACUUGAAAGGACCUGCUGGAUUUGUAAAUAACAAAAUGCAUUGUAGUACAUCCUGUGCUUGUAAUCGUCUCGUCCGAAAUGCGUUUCGUUUAAUUUAACCUUGUCUGCUGUGAGCGUGUGUGUGUGUGUGUGCGUGUGUGUGUCUUUGAUCAUGUUUGCUUUGUUUUCCUGCUCAGAAGUGGCAAGCAGAUAAGUUUCAGAGGCUCAGGUUUAGACCCCGAUCAGGUUUAGACCAUGCACAUCAACCUGGGCUGAGUUAAUACACUCGUUAAUACACACACCAACAACACAUAUGAUUCAUAUCGAAAUCUAAGAGUCUCGUUGUUAUCCUCACACAUCUCCGGCCUACGUGAUAUCACAUAAUAUGGAAAUGUUUUGAAGCUGAUUCUGUCUGCCUGCUUUUCCUACAGGAAUGCUCUUAAUAAUCUGUCACACCGGAUAUGGCUUUCCCUUCAACACUGAUCCAUGACCAAUUUGGAAUGCUCAAUUAAUCACAAAUCCUUGGGUUUGUUAUUUUUUAAUUUUUAAUUUUAUCAGAUCCAGAUCUGGCAUAAGAUCAGUGACUUAAGGAAAGCUUUCCUCCUCCUCCUCCUCCUCCUCCUGCUCCUCCUUCUCCUCCUCCAACAAAUGUAUAAAGGGAUGUCAUGAAACCACAGCUGUCAUUGCUCCUUGCAGAUGAAAUAGGAUUGUGUGUAUUUAACAAAGCCCAGAUUUCCGACAUAUCAUCCAAGGCUUAUGACUCACUUCUUGCCUUUUUGUCUUUUUUUUUUGUUUGUUUAAAAACAUUCUUUUCAUUCCAUGGCUAAAACUUGAUGUUGUGAAAAUGUGAAUACUGAAUUAACUCUCGGUCAGGGAGUAAAGUAGCUUUUAACAGUAAAGAAAACCUCUUCAUGGAUGUCUGGGACUGUGUGAAUCAUAGAAAUCUAAAUAGCAUGGAAACAAAUGUUAAAACUAUUAUAGAAGUAACUAUUUUGAAAUAAAACCAAUGCCAUAAA